UUCUGCACUGAAACUGGCAACUUGCUAAACAAGGUCUCGGUGAACUAUAUAAGCACAAGUUUGCGAGGUUAGCUCCAGUUCUGCUGAGACUCACAACAAUGAAAUUCGUAGUCCUUGCCCUCUUGGCCACCGCCGCCUCCGCCGCUACGCUGUACGAAGCCCCGCGGCCACAGACUCGCGCCUUCGACUCCGCUGAGAAUGUGGCCAUCCUGAGGGACGAGCGGUUGAUCGACGACGAAGGAAAGUACAACUUCGACUUCGAGACUGCCAACGGCAUCUCGGUGUCGGAGUCUGGCGCUCCAGUGGGCGAGGACGGUGCUGUCAACAGCGCUGGAUCCUUUUCGUACACCGCUCCUGACGGCACUCCCGUCCAUGUUGAGUUCGUAGCUGACGAGAAGGGCUUCCAGCCCCAGUCCGACCUCCUGCCCGUGGCUCCCGCGUUCCCCCACCCGAUCCCUCAGUUCGUCCUGGACCAGAUCGCCUUCGCCGCCGAGGAGGACGCAGCCCGGGCCCGCGGAGAGCUGAGGGAGGUCAGCCAGCCUUCCAGCAGAUACGGGGCUCCCUAGACGGCUGACAACAGUAAAACCGAUUCUGGAAUAGUUCAUUUUAGCUCAUGCUGCACCGCACGGACAUUCAUAUGUGAAUAGUUAUUUAUCGUGUAUUUAAUGUAUAUAUUAGUAAAUAAAGAAGCAAUGUAUCAAAA